CCUCACUCUGCCUGCCCUGACAGCAUCCAAACACAGUGUGCAACCUCUGUUCCAGGGAGAAUAUCAACUCAGCACAGGGAGGAGAGGAUUAACGCCGCCGCACAUCUCAUCUGCAUACGUGUUCCGAGGGAGCCGCAUGACGAGCCAAGGCUUUUUUGGUCUAAAACCUUUGUCCUCUCUGUGUCUGCAUUACCAGGACUCUUUUUGCGACAGCGAUACCAGGACUCUUCUUAUUUGGACUCUUGAGUAAUUUCAUCCACACCUCAUCGACAAUAACGUUGUUUGGCAAGGAUUUGCUGAAAGUGUUAAGGGAGCUUCUUCAUGUUUGGACAUUGGCGCUGUCUCUUGCUGCCGGGAGACGGCCGAGUCUAGGAUGCCGUCUAAAGAGCCCUAUGAGGCUCACAAGGAGGACAAGUCCCUGGUGCAAAGGGCCAAACAAGAGGCCAAUCAGGAAGAGAUUUUGGCAGCCACCUUGGGGAUGAGGAUGGGGCCCGAGAAACCUUCAGCCACCUUCUGGCAGCCACUUAAACUCUUCGCCUAUUCACAGCUCACUUCUCUUGUCCGUAGAGCCUCGCUGAAGGAAACUGACCGCACGCCAAUAUCGGAGAAAGUCCAUAACUUUAAGGUCCAUACCUUCCGCGGGCCUCACUGGUGUGAGCACUGUGCCAGCUUCAUGUGGGGCCUGAUGGCUCAGGGGGUCAAGUGUGCAGACUGCGGCGUGAACGUCCACAAACAAUGUUUACCUCUGGUUCCCAACAACUGCAAGCCAAGUCUGAGACACAUCCGGAAAGUUUACAGCUGCGACCUCACCACCUUGGUGAGUGCCCACAACACGGCGCGACCCAUGGUGGUGGACAUGUGCAUACGAGAGAUUGAGUCAAGAGGACUGAAGUCCGAAGGUCUGUACAGAAUAUCAGGAUUCAGCGAUUCCGUGGAAGAAGUCAAGACGGCGUUCGACAAAGCUGGCGAGAAGACGGACAUCUCAGUGAAAGCGUACGAAGACAUCAACAUCGUCACGGGCGCUCUGAAGCUCUACCUCCGGGAUUUGCCUGUCCCCGUCAUCGCGUACAACGCGUACCCCAGGUUCAUCGAGGCCGCGAAACUCACGGACCAGGACAAGAAGCUUGAAGCUUUCGGAGAGGCGUUGGCUACGCUGCCCUCGUCACACAAUGAAACACUCAAGUAUCUCAUGGCGCACUUAAAAAGGGUGACCCAAAAUGAGAAAUACAACCUGAUGAACGCCGAGAACCUGGCCAUUGUUUUCGGGCCCACUCUAAUGCGCACCCCGGAUCUUGACGCUAUGACCGCCCUCAAUGACAUCCGCUACCAGAGGCAGGUGGUGGAGGUGCUCAUUAAAAAUGUAGACACGCUCUUCUGAACACACAUCAAGACAAGAUGCUGCAGACAGACAAGCCCUCAAACCGGCUUUUUGUUAAGAAAAAAAAAAAAAAUUAAUGAAUUGAUUCAUUUUUUUAUAUAAAUGCCCCUAGUAUUGUAUGGACUCUUCUUACCAUGCACUAGGUAUAGAUGAUGAACCUUACACUUUGUACUCUAUGCCUCCCCAUUUUUGUCGGGGGAUUUAUAUGUAAAGCUGCCAUACCAGCAUGCAUCAGUGCUUUGUAGCCGUAUCUCAGCAUGCGGAAAGAUUGUUUUGCUGUGAUUUAUUGAUUUUGUCUGUGUGGUGAUAGAUGUAGUCCACAUUCCCACCUGCCUAGCGUGCAGUCGUUUCUUCAAAUUUUGAAUAGAUUCAACUAAAAAUAAGCUAUGGAUUUUUAAAUUUUUUUUUUUUUGGGGGGGGGGGGGGAUUUUUACAAUGUCUUAUUUUUUUAUUACCUUGUUGUUGAAUGAGCCUUUCAGACUUCCCUGUCAAUGUGUACACACUGGUGCAUUUGCCUGACUUAUUUGUGCAUUAUUUGUGAAUUAAUGUUGUACUGUCAUUUGUACACAACUUGUGCAUGACCAGUUUAAUUUAUUAAACUGAUAAAACACUG